AUGGCCUCCCUGAUUAAAUCCAAUUCUUCUUUGGUUAAGGGUUUGGGCCUCGAACCCGUUCUGCCCCUAAACAGCUUCGGGAACGUGCUGCUGUUCCUCUUUGGUAUUUUUCUCUCUACGGCUAUAAUCUUUCUCAACGUGUCCGUUUUCGUGUCCAUUUUGCUAAACAAGUGUCUUCGCGGUGAGAACCGCUUCAUGUACAUGCUGAGUACGUGCCUGAGUGACGUGUGCUCGGGAGUGUCGUACUACUACUGCGGCGUGCUGGACGUGCGCGACAGCUACGAUUCUCCCACACGCACUUACUACGUAGCUCCCACUUUUUUGGGUCUGUCCUACAUGGCCAUUUUAGCAGCUCAGGCUGAUCGUUACCACGCGGUGUCCGCGCCAUUUAAGUACGCACAGCGCAUGACGCGCGGCCGGACGCUGGCAGUAAUCACGUGCUACUGGGUUUACGCGUUCGUCAUCGUGGCCGUCAAUAACCUUGUGACGGUGGGCAUUGCCAAGCAGGUCACAGGCUUCGGCACUUUCGUGAGCAACAUUUUCACUGUAAUUAUCAUGAUCGGGCUGAACGUGCGCCUGUUCCUCAUCGCCAGAUUCCAGCUGGACCGCGAGCCGCCGAGCGCAGAGCGAGAACACAAGCGUUCGUCCGUCUAUCUUAUAGUGGUCGUGGCCGUGUGCUUUCUUAUAGCAUGGCUGCCAAUAUUCUUGCACAUUAUCGUGUGUAAUUUCUCGGGCACCACGUGCUACUCUUUCCGAAACGAGGGCUCGGACCCGCUGCGCAUUUUGCCGCGCGUAAACGCCGCUCUCACACCCGUGCUGUACAUUAGGGGCUGCGCGGGGAUCCGAGACACCCUGCUCUCUAAAGUGUGGAAAGUGUGCUACAGACACACAGGGUAA